CCGCACACUCCGCUGAGGACUUUUUCACGGCGGAGCCCUCUCUCUCUCUCUCUCCCCCACACUCUCUCCUUCCCAGCUCCUUCAAUUUGUCAAAUCUCUUUCUCUUUUCAAUGGCCGUGCGUGGCGUGAUUUGCACUCAGCAGCGCAAUAGUUAAUGAGUGCCGGAUGCGCCCUCACUCCAGCAGACCGCUACAGUACGAAGAUGGCGUCGGAGGGAGCCAGCGGAGAGCAGCCUCCUCCGGUACAAACACUGGCAACCGCCGUGCUGGGAAGUGUCGACACGAAAUGUGAGUUCAACAUGGAUAACCUGAGCAAGCCAGAGCUGCUCACCCUGCUGAGCAUCAUGGAGGGCGAGUUGGAGGCCCGCGACCUGGUCAUCGAGGCCCUCAGGGCUCAGAGGAAGGAGGUGUUUCUCCAGGAGCGAUACGGCCACUACAGCCUGACCGACCCCUUCCUGGCGCUGCAGAGGGACUUUGAGCGCGGGGUCCCCGGGGGAGACAAGGAGCGGCGGCCCCUGGGCUCCAGCCCCAUCUCCGUCCUGGAGGCCGUCAUGGCCCACUGCAGGAAGAUGCAGGAACGCAUGUCGGCCCAGCUGGCCGCCGCCGAGAGCCGCCAGAAGAGGCUGGAGAUGGAGAAGCUGCAGCUCCAGAGUCUGGAGCAGGAGCACCGCAAGCUGACGGCGCAGCUGAAGGACGAGCGCGAGAAGAACAAGCACAUCGUCAUGAUGUUGGUGCGUGAGUGCAAGCAGCUGGCCACGCGGGUGGUGGAGGAGUCGCAGCGCUUCGACGAGCUGCAGGCUCGUCUGGACGAGGAGAGUCGCACCUCUGGCCGGCUGCAGGACGAGCUGAGCACCGAGCGACAGCGCAGCCAACAGAUGGAGGCCAAGAUGGAGAAGCAGCUGUCGGAGUUCGACACGGAGCGGGAACAGCUGCGCGCCAGGCUGGGCCGCGAGGAGACGGAGAGCCACGGUCUGCGGCAGCAGGUGGAGCAGCUCAGGACUGAACAGGGCGCCGCGAAGGACGGUGGCGCUCAGGCCCAGCCCGCUGCUGCCGGAGCGGAACCUGCUGCCGCCACCAGCACGCCACCCAAACCUAAAGCGCUGACGUCUGUUUCUGUAGCCACGGAGCCCAUCAGCUCUCGAACAGCUUCUUGCCAAACGGACCCGCCCCCCACAGAGGUGGAGGGUCCCAAGAAGAACCCCCUCACCAUCCCCGUCAAACCGACCCCCGCCAACUACGUGGGCCUGAGUCUGCCAAAGACGAGCGGCCGGGGGAUCGUCCACAGCAGCUCAGGAGGACUGACGCAGACAGAGAACGGCUCGGAGGGACAAGCUCCCCACGGCCUCCCCACCGGAGUCAGCCCCCGCGUCCAGGCGGCCCGCUACAAGUUCCAGGAACAGGACCAAAACGGCACGGCGUCCCAGAGUCCUCCGGCCCGUGACCUCUCCCCCACCAACCGUGACAACUUCGCGGCCAAGCAGCAAGCUCGUCACACGGUCACACAGGUCCUCUCGCGCUUCACCAGCCCUCCAGCAGGAGGCGGCCCCCUGCGUCCAGGCCUGCCCCACUCCGCCUCAGAGGGGGGCCCUUUCCCCGGCCGCCUGAGCCACCCCAUUGGCCUCAAGUCGCCCACGGUGGCCAGGAUCGACCGGGGAAACCCGCCGCCCAUCCCUCCCAAAAAGCCCGGGCUCUCCCAGACCCCCUCUCCUCCUCACCCGCCCAUCAAGGGGGUGGGGGACAGCAGCCGCUCCCAAGGGGCGGGGCUAAAACCGGUCACACCCCAGCUGCCGCCCAAACCUGCCCUGGACCUGGUCCCAGCCCUGACGGCCUCUCAGGUGGGUGCCUGCCCCCUCUCCCGCUCCCCGGGGCCCGGCCGGGGCCCUCAGCGUCAGCCGGCAGCAGCAUGUGCAGCGUGCCCCCCCGUCAUCAGCCCCGCCACCACUGUCAGUAGCCCCUCCUCCAUAAACCCCCCCUCCACCUCCUCUUCCAUUAGUGCUUCAUCCUCCCGUAGCCCCCGAGCCUCAGCAGGCAGCCCCCUGGCAACAGCAUCAGGCUGGUGUCCCUCCGUAGUCUCCUCUCUCAGCGGCGGAGGGCCUGCUGCCCUGGACGGCGGGCGCCCCCUGCUCCCCCAAGCUGCUUCCCAGGGAAAUGUCACUUUAUUGUCAAUGCUGCUUAACCAACCAGACCCGACCACCAUCACCACCUCCUCCACCACCACCACCUCCACCAACAACACCUCCACCACCACCACCACCACCGCCAUGGAGAACAAACCCAACCAUCUCGACCAAGACCACCACCUCUACCACAACCACAACCAAACCUCUGCCUUGUUUGCUGCUGCUCAGAACGGACACACAGAGUGUGUGAAGCUGCUGCUGUCUUCAGGAACGCCUGCUGAUGUCUCCGAUGAAAAUGGAUUCACACCUUUACACUUUGCUGCCGCCCACGGCCACAGCAGCUGUGUGGAGGAGCUGCUGUCUGCAGGAGCUGCUGUGGACUCUGCGGCGGCGGCGGCGGCGGGGGGACAGACGUCCCUCUUCCUGUCCUGCGAGGCGGGACGGCUGGACUGCGUCCGCGUCCUGCUGAACGCCCGAGCUGAUCGCUCCCACACCACCGCGGACGGCUGCACGGCUCUGCACGCGGCGGUGCGCUCCGGACACGUGGACACGCUGCGCCUCCUCCUCCGCCACCCGACUCAGGGUGACCCCACUGUGACCCCCGACCCCCCCGCCUCCCUGGCUCUGCCCGCCGCCCUGCUGAACCAGGCCAACAGCGACGGCUGGACGGCUGCACACAUGGCUGCUGCCCACGGACUCAAGGAGUGUCUGGAGGUGCUGUGCAGCCACAGUGAGCAGGACAUCGAAAGGAGGGAUAAGUGCAACCGAACUAUUCAUGACGUGGCGACUGACGACUGCAAAGAUCUGCUGGAAAACCUCUACUCGUACCGGGUCCUGGUGCGUCUCCAGUGUUCGGGCGGAGGCGGGGCGGGGUCCAUGUGUCCCGUAGAGGCUCUGGAGGAGGAGGCGAAGGGCGCCGCCUGCAGCCAGCUGGUGCUGGGCCGCGUGUCGGUCGAUCGCUCCACCCGCUGGAGUCAGCUGGGCUCCACGCUCAGCCAGGCCUUCACCUCCUACCUCCAGACGGUCUGCGGGGAGUCGCAGCAGCCGGCGAGAGAGGAGGCGCAGCGUGCACCGCUCGGCCUCGGCCCCGCCAGCAUCGCCUCCAUCCUCAUAGGAGACACGGAGUGGUUGCCAGAUCAGGAGCUGCCUUUAUCCCCCUGGGACCUGGUCCGAAAGCCUCUCAGCCAGCGCAUCACCAUCCGCCUCAAAGGUCUGUCUGAGUCGUGUCUCGAUGAGCUGGCUCUGGAAUACCUCUUCCCCCUGCCGCUGCUGCACAACUACGUCCGCCUGGUGGAACAGUAUGGGAACCUCAUCUUCCACGGCCUGGAGGGCAGCUGUCAGGAGAACAUCGCCAACGUGGUCGCUCGCUGCAUCAAGUCCAAGCAGGAGCUGGGAGGGCUCGGCUGUGACGUGGUGAGGCUGGAGGUGGAGGAGAGUCUGACCAAAGAGCAGCUGCUGGAGACUUUCAUCAACUGUGGGUUCCUGGUGCCGGCGGCGGGGUCGGGGGUCAGGCUGCCCGGCUGUGUGGUGGUGCUGCUGGAGGGGCUGGAGAAGGCGUCGUCCCUCACAGGCCUGCUGGGAGACCUCUGCCACAGUCUGGACAACAGGGGCUCCGCCUCUCCGCUGCUCCUCAACACAGGCCCUCACCACUUCCGUGAAGGCAGCUUCCUGAUCGCGACGCUGUCGAAGCCGCGCCUGCAGGGGUCCGAGCUCCGCCUGCAGCAGCAUUUCCGCUGGGUAACGCUGCGCUGGGAUCAGGAGCCGCUGCACGGCAUGCUGGGAAGACACCUCCGCAGGAAGCUGCUGCAUAAAAUGGGGACGGGUGUUUGGUCGUGUGACGGCGUGAUGGAGCGCUCGGUGCUGUGGGUGAGUCAGGUCUGGCAGCAGCUCAACGCCUGUCUGUCCCGUCUGGGGACCCACGAGGCUCUGCUGGGCCCGCAGCUCUUCCUGUCCUGCCCCGUGGUCCCCAACAACACACAGGCAGUCGUCAGGUGGCUGGCUCGCCUCUGGAACGCCGUGGUCGUCCCCCGUGUGGAAGAAGCCAUCAUCUCCCGGGUUACAGCCAAACGCUCCUCCUCCACCACCACCUCCUCCUCGUCUUCCUCAUCGCCGUCGUCGCAGCGACUGUCUCCUAGCAACUGUGGGCUGAGUGCCGGGCAGCAGGCGGUGGUGAAAGCCGCUCUCAGCAUCCUGGUCAACAAGGCGGUCCUCCAGGGCUGUCCUCUGCCUCGCCACGAGAUUGACAAGUACCUGCUGGAGUUUCGGGGCGGGACCUUCCCCCUGUCGGCCAUCAGCUCGUAUAAAGGAAGCGGCACCGGAGGAGGAGGAGGCAGGAAGGGACGAGACGGCAGCAAGCUGAGACGAUCCAACACCAGCCCUCGAAAGAAGGGAAGCCCCGCCUCCAGCUGGAGCUCCGGAGGCUCCUUUAGAGAAGGUUCACUGUCCAGCUCUGAUGUCAGUUUUAUCUCCAACGGCAAAGUCCAGAGGGAGCCUGUUGGUCUCUCUGUGUUCUCUGACGACGAGACAGAUUUAAUCAGAGAGCUGCAGACCAUGUGCUCCAGCAAGUCGGAGCCAGACAUCAGCAAGAUCUCUCAGUCCAAAGACGACUUGUUCUUCAGCUCUUCCAGCGAGGCCACGCCCUCCCACAAGGCCGAGCAGGAAAUCAGCAUUCAGCAGCAACCGCAGACGACAGUCGUCCCUCAGAGCAGCCGCAGCUCCGUCCAAUCAGCCGUCCAGACCAACGACAGACGCUCAGGCCCUCGCACUAAAUCUCAGCUCCCCGUCCCGAGCAGCAGGGGGCAGCAGACCCGAGCCUCCACCGCCGCCUACAGCAGCAGCAGCAGCAGCAGCCCCAGCAGAAUCCAGACGCCCCCCAGCCGCAGCAGAACCAACAACAACAGCAGCAGCAGCAGCAGCAGAACGAAGCAGGCUCCUCCCGCCAGCAGCAGCAACAACAACAACUACCGCAACAACAUCAACGACCACAACCAAUCACAGGAGGACAUCUGGAUCCUCCACAGAGACCUGCAUGAAAACAAGUAGACAUCUUCCCCCGUCCGCCCCGACUCCGCUGUGAAAACCCCCCUCCAUGAUGUAAAGACUAGGUACCUGACGACCUUUGACUUUUAGUAUUUGUACUUGUUAUCUGUACUUGUUACACUGUACUACAGUUGUGUACUUGGGGACCAUAGUUUUAUUCUAUCACAGUAUUUGAAGUAUUUGUUUGGUUUGGUAAGACUUUAAGUGGGGGAAAGAGGAAAAAAACAACAGAACGUGAUGCAGCAGGUUACUUUACUGUUGCCUUAUUCCAGUUUAUCAGUUGUUCAGUAGACAAGAUACAGUGUAAGAAUUUACUGAAAAUGAGUUGAUGUUAAAGUAUUUGACUGGUGGAAACUGCCUCAAAAACAGUAUUUCUGUGUAUUUAAGGUGAAAUACUGUACUUGUCCUACUGGUAUAAGGCCAUUGGAGAGUAACUGAAGGUACUUAUCUUUUAGUGAAAAGUGUUUUUGGAUCAAAGAAAGAAACAAGCAGGUUUUUAUUUUCUCUUUUGUUGUUUUUUUGCUAUUAAGUAUUUUGAGAUAUUCAAGUGUUUUAUCUUUAAAUAGUUGCAAGGUUGGUUUAAAUACUGUUGAAAUUAAUCAGGGUUUUACCAAAUAUAUUUGUAAAUAAGAAUUAGUAAGUUUAAAUGCUCUAUAGAUUGGUGUAUGUGGUACAGUAUGACGCUUGUACAGUGACGAAAACCUUAAAGCAAAACUGCUGAAAAAAACAAAAACUUGUACAUAGUGUUUGUAAAACGAGUUUGGUUUUGAACCCUUCACUUGUUUCAAAGUGAAGGGGCUGUGGCAAUAAGUACUAGAACUGUAUAAACACAGGAUGUCCUAUCAACUGUAAGCCAUAAUAAAUAUUUUAAAUGCCAUUCAUUUUCCCUGAGUCAUGUUUAACCACUGCUGAGCCCUACAGUGUAAUUCAUACUUUGUUUUGUUUUUGCUUUUCUUUACCACUGUGUUCUUCGUAUGUUUUUACUUUUAAAAGGACAGGUUUAUGUUAAGCGGACAUUGUUUAUAUAUAUAUAUAAAUAUAUCUAUACAUAUGUACAGGAGAGAUUUUAGUCAACCUAUGAUUUUGAUCUGUACGAUAGCUGUUUGAAGUUUAAAGAAUUGUCUUUCAAGCACAAACAUUAAAAUGGCACUGUUAAAAAUCCCCACAA